AUUUGGCUAUUGGGUAGCGGUCGUAGGCUACGUGCCCAUUCUUGGCCAAUCCUACAUAUGUGUGCCACUGUGCCACAAAGGGUACAGAGUCCUUAAAUGUAUUUACUUAUGUGUCGCCCUCCUUUGUGAAUACGCCUGGCCUCCCAAUUAUUCCCUGGAAAAGCAUCAUACAUCGCCUUCACCCUUGUGACAUGGUUGCAUAGUUUCUCAUAUCGUGCAUCCGCCUGAUUUGGUGUUCGUAUUUGGGCAUAGCUUGUGAACGGUGUAGUGCACAAAUACAAAAAAUUGCAUGAGAUUACAGUUGUGACCUCUGCAAUGCAUAAAUUUAAACACUACGAGAUAUUACACGUUGCAUAAGAAGAAAAGCACAAUCGUACACAUCGCCGUUAGUUUUACGGCAUUUAAUUAAACACUGCAUUGGAGCACAUUGGUUCCAAAAGGUGUGUAGAAGCUUUUUCUUUCAUUUUUUUUUUAUCGCCCAACUAGAGCUUUUUUCUUCUUUUUUUUUUCACAGCGGUCGAACAAGGAACAAGGAACAAGCUGUGGCGCCGAUGCAUUGACGAAGACAAAUCUUGUCGAAAUGUUGGCUCCGGCCUUAGACAUCUCUUGUUCCAUAGUGUUGAUCACUUCAAGUCUCUAUCUUCGAGUGAACCUCUGUCAUGGUUGGAGGACUACGGUGUUCGUUUUCUUCUUUUUUUUUUACUUUUUCCUUUACAAAACACAAGCUUGCUUGUGUAGUUCUCUUUACAUCACAUGUGUCUCUAUCUAAAAAUAUGUAUGCAUACAUACGUACCGCUAUUAUUGUUUCAGCAUAGAUACAUGUGUCGUGUCGUUGCGCUGGCACUCGGGCGGACAAACAACUAUUGCGAUGGAAUGCAAAAGAAGCCAUGAAAACCUGCUCCGACAUUUCAAUCAAUAAGGCCGAAAAACAUGCAUGACAAGUGCGGGGUACAAUACAGAUAGUCCGGGUGACAGAUGCUCCACAUAAGGCAGCGGGAAGACGAAACGAGCUCGGUGUCCUUCUCCCACCGGGCGUGAGCGAGGCGUGGAAAGCAGAACAGCGGCGACCAUGAGAGUGGCGGUGCUGAGCCUAAGCUUGGUGAUGAGCGCCAUGUGCGCUGUACGUGCCCAGGAAUUUGCGAGCCCUGCGUUCUGCCCUCUAAGAAUGAGAGAGAAAAUACGAGUACUCCAGUGCACGGUGAACAACCUGCAAGACCGAGACAAAGAAAGGGUGUUCCAGGUCAUGCACUACAAUCGCAUGGAUGGCAAAAAGCUGGCGACAUGGCUCUGCACGCCGGGAGCGCAGUUUGCGUUACCGAAAGUGUUUAAGAGGAAACAGCUCAGAAGGUUCGUCAGGACUGGCAUCCGCUGCCAAAAUGCGCUGAUGGAAAACGUUUAUAAUGCGAAUGCUCAUAACCGGGGCAUUGGAUUGCCACCAUCGUACGAGUGACGCACUCGUCACGCAUAUGCGACAUUCAAUUGUUCUGCAAUAAAACGACUCAUUAGAGGCGACCGCCUGUAUAGGGGAGCUCUUUAAAAACA